AUGACAACAGAGAAGAGUCUAGCGGCGGACGCCGACAAUUCGGAGCAGCAGCAAGCCAAGGAAGAGGAAGGAGCUGCUGAAACACAAAAGCAAGAGGCUUCGCUAGAGGAGGGGGCUCAGCAGACGUCGGAGGGGCAGCCGGCAGCGGGGCAGAAGAAGGCCUCCAACGGUGAUACGCCCACGCACGAGGAGCAAAGCAAGAAGGAGCGCCGCACCUCCGAGGGCCGGGGUCUCUCCCGCCUGUUCUCAUCCUUUCUCAGGAGGCCCAAGUCUCAGGUGUCCGAAGAGGACAAAGACACUGAUGGUCCUAAAGAGGCGGGAGGUGACCAGAAAGACCCGGGUUUAGGAGCCAGUGCUGAUGAAGACAUCCUGGUGAAAGCCCCGAUCGCAGCUCCAGAGCCUGAGCUCAAAACUGAUCCAUCACUAGAUCUCCAUUCCUUAAGCAGUGCGGAAACACAGCCUGCUCAGGAGGAGAGGAGGGACGACCAGGAGCCGGACAGCAAAGACCUUGGGGGCAAGGAAGGAGAGGAAGCGAAGGAAGAGUGCGCCAAGCCAGAGCCGAAACAAGAGACCCCGGAGACCAAAGCAGAGAAGGAUUUGAAAGCUGCCCAGAAAGCAGUAAAGAGACACAGAAACAUGUACUGCAAAGUGGUCUUGCUGGAUGACACCUUUUUUGAGUGCACCGUGGAUAAACACGCCAAGGGGCAGGAUCUGCUUAAAAAAGUGUGCGACCACCUCAAUCUCCUGGAAGAAGACUACUUCGGUUUGGCCAUAUGGGACACGCCAACCUCCAGGACGUGGCUGGAUCCUGCCAAAGAAAUAAAAAAACAGGUUCAUGGAGGCCCCUGGGAUUUUACUUUCAAUGUCAAGUUUUACCCACCGGAUCCUGCCCAGCUGACAGAGGACAUAACCAGGUAUUACUUGUGUCUUCAGCUUAGACAAGACAUCAUUACGGGGCGGCUGCCCUGUUCCUUCGCGACUUUGGCUCUGCUGGGUUCGUACACGGUCCAGUCCGAGUUGGGAGACUACGACCCUGAUCUGCACAGCCCGGAUUACAUCAGUGAAUUUAAACUGGCCCCAAACCAGACAAAAGAACUCGAAGAGAAGGUUGUGGAGCUUCAUAAAACAUACAGAUCCAUGACUCCAGCCCAAGCAGACCUGGAAUUUCUUGAGAAUGCAAAAAAGCUGUCUAUGUAUGGAGUUGACCUUCACCAAGCCAAGGACUUGGAAGGAGUGGAUAUCACUCUGGGAGUCUGUUCCAGUGGCCUUCUUGUUUACAAAGAUAAACUGAGAAUCAACCGCUUCCCUUGGCCCAAAGUCCUGAAGAUUUCCUACAAACGCAGCAGCUUCUUUAUUAAGAUUCGACCAGGGGAACAAGAACAGUAUGAAAGUACAAUCGGGUUCAAGCUACCAAGUUACCGGGCAGCGAAGAAGCUGUGGAAAGUCUGUGUUGAACAUCACACGUUUUUCAGGCUGACUUCCACCGAGGCCAUCCCGAAGAGCAGGUUCCUGGCGCUGGGCUCCAAGUUCCGCUACAGCGGCCGGACGCAGGCGCAGACGAGGCAGGCGAGUGCCUUGAUCGACCGACCCGCUCCCCAGUUCGAGCGGACGGCAAGUAAGCGAGCCUCCAGGAGCCUCGAUGGAGCUAAACGUGCGACUCAAAAAGUUGAGUUCAGAGCCGUAGAGGAAGAGAAGCAGGAGGAGGUGGUGGUGGUUGAGGUUCCCGAACCAAAACCCACGGAUCAGAUCCGAGAGAAGCCAGGUAUAGCUGUGGUGGUGGCUACAACUCUCUCCAAACACGCUGUUGAAACUUUUGAAAUGAAACCCAUUGCAGAGGAGGAAGAGGAGGAGGAGAAGGUAGAGGUGGUUAAGGUUCCCGUGGCCAAACCAAAGUUCCCGGAGCCGUUGCGGAAAAACGCCGCGGCGUUUGCCAUCGGCGCGGCUCCCGCGGCCGCCCCUUGCCGUGACCUGCUGGGUUGGAGUGAUGCGGUGCUGUAG